AUGACUACGCAGGAUUCUGAGACCAUCGAUACCACAGCCUCAUCUUCCAUCUGGGGCGACUUCGUAGACUCAGACGGUGAAUGUGACGUUGAAGAUGCAUGUGAACCCGUCGACCGAUAUGAAGAAGGACUUUACCUUCCCAUUUGCAUCGGUGAGGUUGUCGCAGACAGAUAUCGAAUCGAGCACAAGCUAGGCCAUGGAGGAUUCUCGACUGUCUGGAUGGCCCACGAUAUGGAUCAGGGGAAAGAUGUCGCCCUCAAGAUCAUGACAGCGAACUUCGAGGACCUCAACAGUGCCAAUGUGAUGUUUGGUCUUUCCUCGUUCGAGCCUGGUGCAGAUAUAUCCACCAAGUAUCAGAUUCUUGGUCGCCCUCAGAAAAUGGAAUUGCCCACGGGCCCAGAGAUGUGGAAGAAGGGUCAAUUGGUGGCACCAACGUCUCCAAAGGACAGCUUUGUUGUUCAAGAUACCAUAACUCUGGGAGACUUUGGUCUGACUAUCCGGUCUGGCACUGAAGUAGACUUCAAGCUUCAGGGAACUAUCGGAUACUGCGCGCCUGAGCUAAUGCACGGUAUAAACCCGACUUUUGCUUCUGAUAUGUGGAGCUACACGUGUAUCUUCGCUGAGCUCUACCUGAAGUGGCCUCUCUUCGGUCCUGGAUUUUUCGGUGGUGGACUUCGCUUCAUAGUUGGACUGCUCAUCAGAGUGUUGGGCCCUAUGCCUUUGUCUUGGAAAGGCCUGUACGAAGGUGGUGGAGAACCAGAGGACAGCUGGUACGAUCAAAGCAGAGUUCCGGAGCCUGUAAUGUCUUUGGAGUCGCGGGUAACGAAAUCUAGGGAUACCCUUGAGCCUGCGGAGCAACAGCUCGUGCUCUCAAUAUUGCGAAGAGGCUUUUCUUAUCUGCCUGAGGAACGGCUGAGUGCAGGAGAACUUCUGGAGGACGCAUCAUUCAAGGCGCUUAUGGAGAUGUACGGACUUUAG